AUGAUUGCCAUUGAAACAACCACCCAAAUUCAAGAAAACAUUGUAGUAGGUACCAUUGCAUGGGCCUCUGGACAACAAAAAGAAAACCGACAGCAGCGAAUAAAGAAGAGUUUUAGUGAUGAAAGUCUCAAUCAAGUAGUUGAAAACUUUUCACAACAAAAAUAUCCGUCAGCCAAUUCAAAUUUCUUACCAGAAUCUUUGAAUAAAAAUAAUGUACACGGACCAUCGAUCAUCGUAACUGAUACUGAAACCAAUAAACAACCAUUACUCGCGCCGUUCCUAUUUGAAUACGAUUUUCUUUCUGGUACUAGAAAAUCGAGAUCGAAUUCUGAAGUGAGCAAUUGCAACAAAGCUGAAUGUCUUAAAAAUGCUCAGGAUUACGAUCAAGAUGAAUCGGUGAUUAAUAUUUACCUUGAGAAUCAUGAACAUCUUGAGCAAGAUUGGAAUUCACGUACAGUCUUGGAUACUUGUUUGAAUUCUGACGAAGAGGAACUUUACAUUCCAAAACAGGCUCUUGAAUUGUCACAAUCAUUACCGCGUUUCCCGUUUUUGGUUGAUCAAUUUCCUUCUUCCCAAACAAAAAACGAGAAUUCGUUUGAGAAUAACCAGAUCACGCAACAAGAGCAAUUGCAAAAAACAUCAUCAAUCGAAGAUUUGUCCUUGAAUUUUUCAUAUUUCUUGCUUAAUCAUGCCCCAAAAGACACUAACGCUAAUGAUUCAUACGGAAACGAUUUAUCGAGCAUGAUUUGUGGCACAAAUAUUGAAUGGGGAUUUUCGUCAAUGAUUUCCUCUAGCAUCGCUUUCAACGAUGUUCAUCAACCCUCGUUCCGUGAUGGAAGGGAAUUUCAAUUGGGUAGAACUUCGGUUUGGUAA